AGAUGUCACGACAGAAAUGAGAAUGAUUAAUGUGCCGGGUGUAAGCGAAUGCAGAAGACAGAGUAGACCCAGCACGAAAAAGAAAAUACACUUAGUGACAUUAAAGAGUGAUUAACUAGAGACAGACUCUGAAUGCUGAACUUCCCCUACAAAUUCCGCAGGGAAUCUCCACUGUGCCUGUCUUCCUGAGGUUAUAUAAUAGCCUGACUGCAAAUGCAGACUUCCUGCAGGAUUUAAACACACACCCCCCUUCACACGGACACGCAUAAAGCUGCCUCUUGACAAGAGGCACCUCUAUAGUUCUUGCAGCAAACCAGCCUGCAGCACAGGGAGGACGCAAUGAGCAGCGGGGUGUGGUUUCCUACGCUGGGGAUCCUGGCUUGGAUAUGCUGCCUCAGUCUGGGGCCUGUUCAGGGGGCGAAGGUGCUGGUUAUGCCUGUGGAUGGGAGCCACUGGCUCAGCAUGAAGAUACUGGUGAAGGAGCUCAGCCGCAGGGGCCACGAGGUCGUGGUGCUGGUGCCUGAAACCAGCCUUUUGAUCACCAAAACAGAGGCAGGUGGCUCAAAAGACUACAAGACUCUGAUCUACCAGCCGCCAUAUACCAAAGAAGAACUGGAUAACACUUUUAACCAGCUCAGAGAAGGAGUGUUCCUCAAACCGCCAGAAUUCACAGAUUUGUUCGUCAACGUGGAACGUUUGAUAAAGUUCACUACAACCCAGGUGCAAAGCUGCGAGACCCUGCUGAACAACGAGUCUAUGAUGAAUCUUCUGAGGGGAGAGAAGUUCGAGCUGAUGCUCACAGACCCCUUCCUUCCCUGCGGCUCCGUCCUGGCUCAUAUCUUUUCCAUUCCUGCUGUUUAUUUCCUACGUGGGAUUCCAUGUGAGUUGGAUGCAAAGGCAAACCAGUGCCCCUCUCCCCCUUCCUAUGUUCCCGCUUUCUUCUCUGGUAAUACAGACGUCAUGACCUUCCCGCAGAGAGUCAAAAACCUGAUCAUGUCUACCGUGCAGUCCUACAUGUGCAAAAUUAUCUAUGUCCACUUUGACGAGCUGGUCACUAAGUAUAUUGGAGAAAUCACGACCUACAAAGAGCUUGUAAGCCACGGGGCUAUCUGGCUUCUCAGAUAUGACUUUACUUUUGAAUGGCCUAAACCUGUCAUGCCAAACAUGGUUUUUAUCGGAGGGAUCAACUGUGCAAAGAAGGCUCCUCUUCCAGCAGACUUAGAGGAGUUUGUGGAAGGCUCAGGAGACGACGGCUUUAUUGUCUUUACCCUGGGUUCAAUGGUGUCCAACAUGCCCGAGGAGAAAGCCAAACAGUUCUUUGAUGCUUUCCGGCAGAUCCCUCAGAGGGUUCUGUGGAGAUACACUGGUGCGCUCCCUGAAGAUGUACCCAAGAACGUCAAAAUUCUCAAGUGGCUACCUCAGAACGACCUCCUGGCUCAUCCCAAGGCAAAACUCUUCAUUACUCAUGGGGGUACUCACGGGAUCUAUGAAGGCAUCUGUAACGCCGUGCCAAUGUUGAUGUUUCCACUUUUCGGGGACCAGGGAGACAACGUGCUUCGCGUAGUGUCCCGCGGUGUUGCAGAGAAACUCAGUAUAUACGAAGUGACCACUGAAACUCUACUGGCUGCGCUGAAUAAAAUGAUCCAUGACAAAAGUUACAAGGAGAACGCAGUGGAGCUGUCCCAGAUACACCUCGACCGCCCUGUUGAGCCUGUGGACCUGGCUGUUUUCUGGACUGAGUUCGUCUUGAGACACAAAGGAGCCUCCCACCUCAGGGUAGCUGCACAUAACUUGAACUGGAUUCAGUACCAUAGCUUGGAUGUCAUUGGCUUUUUAGUCCUCAUCGUCGUCACCGUUAUGUGGUUGGAACUGAAAUGCUUCCUGUUUUGCAUGCGCAAGUGUUGGCGAAGAGGGACUGCAAAGAGAAAAUCAGAGUAGUGUUUCUUUGCAACAUUUGCUAGGUUUUAUUAAUUCACUGCAAUUAAGCUACUGGUGGAAACACUGCUGAGCAAGUUGAAUAUGGUGUACUGUGUGAUGACUGGGUGUAUAUAUGUGAGUGUAAAAUCUCAAAGUGCCAUUACUACAUUUGCUACAAAUAACAACCUAAUGACGACUGAUUGAAGCCACCCAACUCUCCUUUUCUAAAGAAAAUUCUAAACGAAUAAAACUUGUUUUUUGAA